AAACAUGGAGGCACUAAAUGUUUUAAGGAUUCUCACUGCCCCUCAUAUUCUUUCUGCGAAUAUGAAAAAUGCAAAUGUAGAACUGGUCUCGUCGGAAAUGGAGGAACGUGCAAGCCUGGUACGAAGAUUAAUACCAAUAAAUAAUCUGCGUAACAGUAAAAAAAAUAUGUCUUUCCUGGGGAAUAAGUUUUCAUUGGCCGAGAAAUCGUGACAUUCAGGAUUAAAUUGUUUAUGCUAUUACAAAUACGUGUCUCGCAACCCCUCGCGAAACUCGGUGUUGCGCUCCGAGUGACUCCUCUGCGAAGCGCGCGAUUCUCGAAACUCGGUAUGCCAUCCAAGUUAAACCCUGUUGGACUGGGUUGGAAACAAUAUAGGUGACCAGCCGGGAAUCAGAGCCGUCUUGAUGAGGCUACUUUUAUUCUCUCUUGUUUUCUUCUUUUUCUUUUUUUAUUGUCCUCUCUCUGAUAGACAAAAUGCGUAUUGGAAAGCAUAUUUAGGAAUAUUUCUGUCGCUGGUUGGACCAAAAAAGUAAAACACGGCAACAACUCGGGCUCAACGGCCAAUCUAUGUACAGAGCUGAAAUCAGUUUUUGCUCCUUUCGCGGAAAAAGCGCUAAGUAAAUGGUGGAUUUGUCUUGGUGUAACGUGAAUUCAAACGUAGAUUCAACUCACCAAAAAAUAAAAGAUUAUUGCAGUCCCUUCAAUACUAUACUUUAGUGAUAAUUUAGAUUAUUCUGCUGUUCAGGUUUUUUACUCUCAGUACAUUUUUUACUCAUAUAAUUUUUCAUGUAGGGAGGUGAAAGAAGAGCUCAGCCCAGUUUAAAUCUGUACAUGUAUGUCAUGCAGGCUUUAACACAUUUUUAUUUCAGAACCGCUGGCUGACUGCGCUACUCAUAGUUUUUGUGACGUGAACGCCAGCUGUAUAAACGGAAAAUGUAUCUGCAAAGGUAAAACAGUUGGGAGUGGAAAGGAAUGCCGAGGUUAGUCUUAGAAAUUUUAUCUUAAAUCACCAGCGCCAUUUUUUCUUUUUCAUAAUUCAUUAUGGACAUUAUGAUCAACUUUCAUAAGAAGUCCCCUUGUUGGCCAGUGCUCCAAAAGCCUUGGAGAUGUCGUGCGUAGCGUCGGAGUGAUUGAUUUUGAGGAACCACGCCUUAUAAGGCUGCUUGCAAAAGACGUCCCUUUUAAAUAUGAAUAAAUAACAAAACCAGAAAAUUUUCUCGACCUUUUUACAGCCAUAAAAUCUAUUUGUUAGUCCUUUUGUGACUUUUUACAGCCUGAAAUGACAGAUUUCCCUCCCCUUUCAUGUACCUGAAGCCUGAAAAAGGUAUCACCUACGGACGGAACCUCCCGUGUGGGCCUUUAUGGGAGUACUUUCCCGGGCAAACUUAGGACUCAAAACGAUCCGGACGGCAAGGAAAUAUAUGUACAGUAUCCUCAAAAGAACCAAAUCUUUUUUACGAUUGCAGAGUAUCAGCCCUGCCCAAAAGGAACAAAUUACUGCGGAAAGAGCAAGAUUUGCUUGGUUGAUCCUUUUUUUCCUACAAAGUGUGCUGGUUAGUGUACUAUUCUACUGCACUUACCGUGACUUAGUAUGUUCAUGAGAUCAGCUUGACACCUCAUUUGUCUGGCCGAAAUUUAAUUCAAAAAGUUCUUCGAUUCGUAUAAUUAUUUCAGCCUUGGAUGAGUGCGAGAAGAAAGGGAUUUUUUGUCCACGGUUCUCCAGCUGUAUGAAGGAGGGCAUCGCAGCUCCCAGCUGUGUUUGUAUGAAAGGCUUCAGACGUAUAAAAAAGGACAAAGAACAGAAAUGUGAAGGUAAUGUAAGCCUCCCCGUAUAAAACUUUCUGAAUCUUUAAUACCUCCCGGGACACAUUAGAGACUUUAUAUGGUAUCAUAUUAUAUAACCAGAACUCAACAAAAUGAGGCUUUGAGAAUCCUGCUAGAAGGGGGAGAAAUUAAACUUAGAAAUUGAAGAAAAUGCUAUGAGGGCUCAACUUGAAUCAAGGUAUGAGAGGCCGCUGAUCACGAGAAAAGAAAAACAUUUUCUUUUUCAUUCAUUCUAACACCUUUAAAAUGCAGGUACUAGGUUCUUUGGAUGCCCUUUCUAGCUUAACGGUAUAUUUUAUUUUCACUAACGAUUUUUGAUAGACACCAAUGAAUGCAAAGAAAAGAAGCACAACUGUUCCAUUGACAGAGUGUGUCAGAACCGACUGGGUGGAUUUGAUUGUCUUUGCCAGAAGGGGUUACGCCUGGACUAUGACGGCAAAUGUGUUCGUAAGUGUCUUCUAAAGACGUUGUGAAAGAAGAGCAAGUACUAAUGGCUAUUGCGUCGUUCCUAUAAUCGGAGCGUGUACACUGUAACGUAAUGCAUGUGAUAUUGUUGUCAGUGUUAUGGGCUGUGGAGGAAUGCUGCGGCUGCAUGCUUAAAAGAACAACAGUAGUCAGGGGCGGAUCUAGGGGGAAAGUGCAGGGGGUGCGCACCCCCCCCGAGAUGACCUGCGGUUUUCUAAUACAACUGGUAUUCUGCAAAAAAAAACUACGUGGUUUAUUGGUGUGGAAGUAGAGCAAAAGACGAGUGCACCCCCUCCUAAAAAAAAUCCUGGAUCCGCCCCUGAGUAGGGCCAGUUGUACAAGGAAAAAUAAGACGCGAACUUUACCUUGUAAACGGUACAUUUCGUGUGAAUAAGAUAAUAAGACGCUAAGACGAGUCUUCUCUGAGAAGAGCCCUUAACGCCUGUUCUAAGAUAAGACAUGUUUUGGCUAAGUCACGUCUUAUUUCAGACGAAAUUUGCUAUUUUUUUUUUGUCUUUCAAAAUUGUAUGAACAAAUCCCCAAAAUAAGUUAAAUUACAUGCAUAACAGCAGUAAAUUUAAGUAAUGGCUAGGGAUGGGCGUGGCCACAAAGCACGUGGCUAGCGGGCCCGCUCCGUAAAACCUCUUAUAACAGAUACAUUUCUUAUAACAAUAUUGCAACCCUCAAUAAAGCCUUUGAUAACAGGAGCGGCUCAGGUCUGACCUUGAACUUUGGAUUUAUCGGGAAAAAACAGCCAGUUUUCGAAGCGGGGCGUCGAACCAGGACCACUGCCAGCACUUGACCACGCGGUCACGCUGCGUCCCAAUGGCACACAAUUAGGAUGAACAUGAAUAGUGGGAAGACAAUUGAUUUUUUCUAUUUGUUUCAGCCUUGGACAAAUGCGAUGAGAGAGGAAACACGUGCUCACCAAAUAGCAAGUGCAAAAAAAUUCCGAGUGGCUCUUAUGACUGUGUUUGUAAAGAAGGCUACAAAGACGUUCACUUUGGAGAGAACCUCAAAAAAUGUGAAGGUAAAAAGAAAAGUUGUUGCUUAAAAACAAUCAAUUGUUAGUUAGCGAAAAUGUCUUAUACAUCAUACCGGCAUUUUAGUAUUCUAUCCGUUCACCGGCUCAGAGCCUACACAUGAAGAGAGGAUGAUUUAUUUACCUGAGUAACAAUUUUUUUGUAACAGAUUUUCCAUCUGUUAACCAUGGUAAAGAUAACAAAUUAAACUAACAAAAAAGCAUGGCAAGGAAUGCCAAAUUCUGUGUCCAGUAGUUUACCAAAAAGGUAGUAUUUCGGUGUUUUGCGUUCAAACUUCUGCGCCCUGGCUUGCGCUCUGUUAGUUUGCUUUUAAGUCUUAAAGUGAACUUGUUUCCUGUCAUCCUCGUUUUUUUCCACGAGAACUAGAAGAGAUAUUUUCUUCUUUCUUUUCUCAUUAUUUUUCGUAGAUGUCAAUGAAUGCUUGACAGCCGAGGCUAAAUGUUCGGGUGACCGCUGCCGAAACACUCAAGGCUCAUACACGUGUGUUCCUUGUCUCCCAGGAUUCACUGAGAGCGAUGAGGGCAUUUGUGUCGGUAGG